AACUCCAGCUUUACGCGUCACUUCCUUUCGACUACACUGACCAGGAAAGGGUGAGCCGCUAACUGAAGUCAUGACGCCAGAGUCUCAUCGCGCGAGAUUGUGACGAGACUUUGGGAUCUUUGGCCUGCCGGGACUCAGAAGCCGGACAUUUAAGCAGCGGAUAGGGGAGAGUUGUGUUAUGAAAAUCGGCACCGUUCAGCCUAAACUUCAACGCACAUCCUUUUGCUGUUACAUGCAGGUUGAAGAAUGGCAGCUAAUGAGAAAAUGGACGUGACCGUGAAAACACUGGAUUCUCAAACAAGAACAUUCACAGUGGAGGCAGAGAUCUUAGUAAAGGAAUUUAAAGCACAUAUUUCAUCUGCUGUUGGGAUUACACCAGAAAAACAACGGCUUAUAUAUCAGGGGCGGGUACUGCAAGAAGACAAAAAACUGAACGAAUACAAUGUUGAUGGAAAGGUAAUUCACUUGGUUGAACGAGCUCCUCCUCAGACACAGACUUCAACAAGUGGACCAUCUACAUCUUCAAGUACUUCACCAUCUAGCAGUAAUGCAGCACCUGUUCCUGGGGCUCCUGAAAGGAAUGGAAACAGCUAUGUUAUGGUUGGGACAUUUAACCUUCCGCAUGUCAUGUCUGGUCUUGGUGAGGCCAGCAGAGGCCCAAGUGUUUCUACAAUAAGUGGGAAUGAUGGCUCCACUCUUGAUGUCCAUAUAAAUCUGGAUCAACAACUCCCUGUCCAGAGUGAACCACGGGUUCGUCUUGUUUUGGCUCAGAACAUACUGCAGGACAUACAGAGGAAUCUGGAUCGUUUGGAGGGACAGCCAGGUAAUGAGCAGGCUGCAGAACCAAUGGACACCGCAGAGUCUGAAGGAGAGGCCAGCAGUAGAGAAACCUUGCCUCAGACGACGCAGAAUGCAGAUGGCCAGUCAAAUUCAACCCCUACCAGUCACCCUUCACCAUCAGAAUAUGUUGAGGUUCUACAAUCUCUGUCCCGGGUUGAGGAACGUCUAGCCCCAUUCAUGCAGCGUUAUCGAGAGAUCCUCAGCAGUGCUACUUCUGAUACCUAUGAGAAUCAAGAAAGGGAGCAGUCCCAGCGGAUAAUAAAUUUGGUUGGUGAAUCUCUUCGUCUCCUGGGGAAUGCCCUGGUUGCUGUAUCUGACUUGCGCUGCAAUCUCUCUUCUGCUUCUCCCAGACACUUACAUGUUGUUCGCCCAAUGUCCCAUUACAGUGGGCCCAUGUUACUGCAGCAGGCUGCUAUACCAAUACAGAUUAAUGUUGGUACAACAGUCUCUACAACUGGGAAUGGAACCCAUGCUGGCCAUGUACCUUCAGAUGGGAAUGCCACUCCUUCUACCAAUACUUCAGAACACCAGCGAUCUAACUCUGAGAACCAACCUCCACCCAGCGGGGAGAGACCUGCUUCUGAUGCCCCCCCCAAUUCAGUCCCACAUCCCCACCCUCGUGUGAUACGCAUUACACACCAGACUGUCGAGCCUGUCAUGAUGAUGCAUAUGAACAUUCAGGAUUCUGCAUCUGGUGGCCCUACAAACAUUCCUCCACCAACUGCGGGACAUGGGGGAAGUGCACACAUACAUAUGCCAGGGUUACCUCCUGAGUUCAUGCAGGCAAUUUCAAACCAGAUUACACAGCAAGCCAUGGCAGCAGCUUCGGGGCAACAAAUUCCUGGCUUCCAGGCUCCACCACGCUUUGUUUUUACUAGACCUGCUGCCCCUUCAUUUAAUUUCCAGCCUGGGGCUGCUGCUACUACCCCACCAGCACCAGGAGGGGCAACUACUACUGCACCUGGGGCAACGGUGGGUCCAGCAGGAAAUGCCUCCUUGGCUCAGAUGAUCAGUGGGCUAGUUGGACAGCUUCUCAUGCAUCCAGUUGUUGUUGCUCAGGGAGGCAGCAGCACUUCUUCUACUACGUCCACUUCAACAUCCACUUCAACGUCUUCCUCCACCUCCUCGUCAUCCUCCACUGUCCCCACUUCUACAACAACCACCACUUCCACAUCCUUCCCCAAUGUUUCUUCAGUUCCCUCUGCCCAGCUCCCACCUGGCACUGACCAACACCUCUCUCAACUCCUGGGCUCUUUACUGGGAACUGCCAGCUCAGGGAUGUCAAACCUCACUAUGGGUUCACCGAGUAUUACAGUGACUGUGCCUGGAAUGCCUGCCUUUUUACAGGGUGUUACAGAUAUAUUACAGGCUACGCAGACUGUUCCUGUUUCCACCUCUCCUCCCCAGUCUGCUUCUCAGGCUCCUCCUCCUCCUUCAUCACCAGCACCUCCUGCCCAUUCCGCUCCCCCUCCAGCUGCCGCACCAGAGUCUCUUCCACCAGAGUUUUUCACUAGUGUUGUUCAGGGUGUCCUUUCGUCCAUGCUGGGGUCUUUGAGUGCAGCUGAUCAGAGUGGAACAGAAAGUAUUGCAGAUUUCAUUCAGAGGCUCAGUGGCUCCCACAACAUCUUCCAGCCGGAUGCAGAGGGGCCUGGUGGAUUUUUUGGUGACUUGCUCACCUUGAUUUGUCACAAUUUCUCACUGGUGGAUAUGGUAAUGUUACUGCAUGGUCAUUCCCAGCCUUUGCAGAAUCUGCAGCCUCAACUGCGAUCCUUCUUUCUUCAAGAGUAUCUACACCAGGCAGAUCCAACACCUAAUAACAUUCAGAUGGCAUCAAGAAAUCUUACUAAUGGCCUGGAAGAGUACAUAAGAGAAAGCUUUGCCUCUGUUACUGUCCGUGAUGAUGUUGAUAUCACAAGAACAAACCUUGAAUUUCUACAGGACCAGUUCAACAGGAUCACAACACACAUCCUCCAUUGUGCAGACUCCACAUUUGGACAGCGGCUUCUCGAGAUGUGUAACCAGUCUCUCUUUGAAUGGCUUGCACUCAAUCUGUAUUGUCUCCGAGGGGACCAGAAUGCUCUCACAUCUGUCAUUAAUGAAAGGAUUCGAAGGCUCUCGCUUGACGUUUCCCCUGUGCUUGUCUCGUGGGUGACGUCUGUCCUAUCCCUCCGUCUUCAAGUCUUGUUAGGACAGAUGCCUGUGACUGAAGGGGAGAUACAGAGACAUGUACGGAGGGUGGGAGAUGCUUCUCAGGUUCCUGAACCAUCAUCUCAGGAGCAACCAAUGGAAACCAUGCCUGUUGAUUUCCAGCAGAAUGGCGCAGCCUCUCCAGUCCCUGCCACCACCGUGGAGGAGGUUCUUUUCCUCCCAUCUCAAAGUUCAGUUCCCACUAUAUGUCCAGAUUCUGAGCAUCCAACACAAGGAGAUAGCGUAUCUGAACAAUGGACAGCAUCUGUGCCGCCAGAGUGGGUUCCGGUCAUCAGACAAGAUCUGCAGAACCAACGGAAGAUAAAGCAGCAGCCGCCUUUGAGUGAUGCCUACUUGAGUGGCAUGCCUGCAAAGCGCCGCAAGACAAUGCAAGGUGAGGGGCCACACCUGUCUCUCUCUGAAGCCGUGAGCCGUGCAAUGAAAGUCACAGGAGCCAAACCCGAGAGCAGCACAGAAUGCGUGAAGAGGGAGCUGGAUAAUAGCGAAGCACAAGGAGAGUACAAAGAACAGCUGUGUCAGGAUAUCCAGGAAAUCCUCCAAGACGAUGAGUCGUACAGUGCCCAGAGAUUCCCCAACACACACAGGGCAUUCAGGGGGGACCCCUAAACAAUCGCUCAAAUCUCUCCUUCAGUUAUGUAUAUACCCUGCACAAGCCGUUCUUUUCUUAUCAUAUUCCAGUACACUGCACACAGCCAUUGUAUUUUCUUAUUGUAAUAUGUACACAACAAAGCCUUACAGUUGUUACCCCCUGCCCUUCCCACACAAUGUACUAAACCUACGUCUAAAAUAAGGGGUCAAAUUGUUCUACGUUGCGCCCAGGCAUAAUGGUACCUUAAUGCUGUCAAUCGUCCCUAGUUGUUGGUGUAUUCUGUGAGAUUUGUCCAUUUACAAUAUAAAUAAAAGAAUCCUGCCCGUUGUCUCA